AAAGAAGCCCAGGAGGCGGCUCCCGCGCUCGCUGGGCCCCGGUGCCACCUGCCCGUUCGCCUUCCUCGCCGUCGCCGUCGCCCUCGCCACUCGCCGACAUGCAGCCGAGACUCGGGGGCCCCGCAACGCUGCUCCUGCUGCCGUCGCUGCUGCUGGUGCUAAUGCUGGGAGCGGGCGGCGGUUGCGGGGUGCGCGCCGAGGUGCUGUUCCGCUGCCCGCCCUGCACCCCCGAGCGCCUGGCCGCCUGCGGGCCCCCGCCGCCCCUGUCCCCCGUCGGGUCCGAGGCCCCCGGCGAGGCCGACGGGCAUUGCACCGAGCUGGUCCGGGAGCCCGGCUGCGGCUGCUGCUCCGUGUGCGCGCGGCUGGAGGGCGAGUCGUGCGGCGUGUACACCCCGCGUUGCGCGCAGGGGCUGCGCUGCUACCCGAACCCCGGCUCCGAGCUGCCCUUGCAGGCUCUGGUGCACGGCCGGGGAACUUGCAAGAAAGGUCAUGAAGAAGAUGAGGUUGCUGGCCCGGAGCAUGUUGCAGAGACUGGGGAAGAUCAAGUCCUUGAGAUGGAGCUGGUGGAGAACCACGUGGACGGGUCCUUGAAUAUGCUGGGAGGUGGUGGCAGCGCCAGCAGGAAGCCGCUGAAGUCGGGCAUGAAGGAACUGGCAGUGUUCCGGGAGAAGGUGACAGAGCAGCACCGGCAGCUGGGCAAGGGCGGCAAGAACCACCUGGGCCUGGACGAACCCAAGAAGCUGAGGCCGCCGCCUCCCAGGACCCCCUGCCAGCAGGAACUGGACCAGGUGCUGGAACGCAUCUCCACUAUGCGCCUUCCCGACGAGCGUGGCCCACUGGAACAUCUCUACUCUCUGCACAUCCCCAACUGUGACAAGCAUGGUCUAUAUAACCUCAAGCAGUGCAAGAUGUCUCUGAACGGACAGCGUGGGGAAUGCUGGUGUGUAAACCCCAACACCGGCAAAGUGAUCCAGGGAGCACCCACCAUCCGUGGGGAUCCCGAGUGCCAUCUCUUCUACCAUGAACAGCAUGAGGCUCGUGGGGGACACACCCAACGGAUGCAGUGAACCCAGCCAGCCGGUGUGCAGUCCUCCCUGCCCUCACCCCCUCUCUGUACCCUGACAGAGAGAGGGGGGCACUUAAGUGGCAGCAGGAGAGAGUUUUCCAGGAGUUCUGACACAUGUAUUUAUAUUUGGAAAGAAAUCAGCACCGGCCUAGACAUAUUCCUUGCCCCUUCCCUCCUACUCUUGGGCCAGCCUAUGCCCACAUCCCUCUCCAUCCUUGUGGGGAAUCCAGGCUGAUUGUCUUGGUACAGCCUUGCUUGUCUGUCAGCAAGGUUUGAGGAGCUGCAAGAAAUUUUUAUUUUUAAGCCCUUGUGUCUCUUUUGCUUAAGAUUAAAGAAAGGAAAAAUAAA